AUGGCCAACCCCCAUCCCGGUCCCGUGCUCCGAGAAGAAGAAAUCACAACAAGCAAAUAUGCAACUGACACCCGGCCUACAGUAAUGGAAAGGGCGUUCCCUUUUCUCAAUCUUCGACCCAGCCGUCGUGGCAGAUGCCAUUUCCCCGCCAGCAAUGCAAAGGCACGUUUGUUCGGGACUCUCAUCAGGCACUGCAACAGGCCCACAACAUACGACCAAUUAAUCAAGCAAACAACUGGAGGGUAA